CCGGCGUCCAGCGACGACACCUUGGAGGCUCUGGAUGACGACUCGUCCACCAUGUCCGAGAGCGAGCAGCCGACGACCAAGACCACGCGCCCCCAGCGUCGAAAAUACGCACACGUGGCGGCCACUCCUCCUGACGUUCAGCAGGAGAGCUCAGACACGCAGGUGUGCGAGGAGGAGGAGGAGGACGAGGAGGAGGAGGAGUCGUCUUCACAGCAAGAGACCUCCUCUCCUGACUGGACACGCACACCUGAGCUCACACCUGCUGCGACGACUCCGGCGUCUGACGAGUCGUCUGAAGGUAAGGCAGGAAGCGGAGAUGCUGCGUCCUCCACCUGCUCCGAGACGGUCACAGACGCUCAGUCACAGACAGGCGACUUGGAAAGAGGACUCAGAGGUGUCACUGCGGGAUCAUCAGACACACACCUGCACACACUCACCCAUGCACAUUCACACGAUGACAAGUACUCACGCACACUUACCCAAACACACACACAUGAUGAUGACAGGUGUCAGGAUUCAGAACCAGCACAGCAGCUCACCACCUCCACCAUCACCUCCACCAUCACCUCCACCACGACCAGCAGUCCACCUCCAGAGGGCGAUGCUGUGGAGACAGGGCGUAUCCCAGAGAAGCAGUUCGGAGAGGAGGCGAGGGGAGCAAGGACGAUUCCCUCCCAACAUCAUCACCAUCAAGCCAGCAAGCAAGGACAGAGAUCAGAGGUCACCGAGGAGGAAACGGCUCCACCUAUCACCGGCGCUCCCAGGACCAAGCGGCGAGCGCUAUUGGACGCCGCAGUCUCCAUGGAGACCAAACAGGAAGUAGCGGAGGAAGUGAGGAGGGUCGCCGGGCAACGGAGCCGUGGGGCAGAUGGAGAGGUGUUUCCUGCUGGAGGCCAUGCGCAUGGGAGAAAGUCAGCGAUGAGGAGAGUGGCCGGCAGACACCUCACUCCCGCCCUCAGCCUGGAUAGCCGUACAUCACCGAUCCACACGGACAAGGAGUGCUUCGGAGGAGCAGCCCCCCCACACACACUCUCGCACUCACACUCUCACGCUCACACACACACACACACACACCGGAGCCUGGAGAGAGGGCCCAGCAUAGACUCCGCAGACUCCCCUCAGAGUUCGCGUAGCUCCAUCUCCACCCUACAGAGGGACUCGGGUAGCGACACUGAUGGAUUCUGCAGCACAGACCCCGGAGAGGACAACGUCUUCAGGAAGGACGAGUGUGUGACGUGCGGCGGCAGCGACAGCGCCAGCGAGGUGUCGGUCUCCUGCUCCUCCGCGGACGACGCGGCGAGUCUCGGCCACCGCAGCUCCUCCUCCACCUCCUCCUCGCGCUCCUCCUCCUCGCGCCUCCUCUCCGCGCGUUUCCGACAAACACACUCACACGCGCACUCGCACGCGCACACCCGGGUUCACGGGGCGGUGGUGGUCACGACAGGUAGUGCCACGGGAGGUGGGGGAGGAGGGGGGCUGGUCUCCGUGGAUACGGAGGAGGAGGCGAAGGACCGCGUGUCGGAGGUGCCGCUGCGCUCCUCCCUGCUGCGCACCAGCAUCCGCUCCCUGUCGCCGUUCCGGAGGCACAGCUGGGGGCCCGGCAAGAACGCCAGCGGCGAGGGAGACAUGAACCAGCGCAGUGCGGUGCCGUGUGGUGGGAAGGACAGGCUGGCCUUUCAUAGACGAAGUCUGAGCUGGUGUCCCUCUGAUGAGUCCAUGAGUCCAUGUGUGGAUCAGUGUAGUGACUUCAGCUUCAGUCUGGAGGGCCUGGUGGGCUCCGAUGGCGUGGAUGGCAAGUCGUGGCAGCCGCACGGGGCGGGCGGGAGCAGCCAAGGAGGCCGGCGCACGAUUGGUCGACAGGAGAGCGAUGAUAGGGGCUCACUGGUGUCACUCACUGAGGAAGAGCAUGAGCACGAAUCAGACAUGGCCGACACCAGCAGUCUGGACAGCCAGAAGUCGAGGCGGUACCUGCCCCAGAGGCGCAGUGCCCCGUCCAUGACCCUCCCCCUCACCAAGUCCGUCUCCAUGCUGGCCAUCAGCCAGAGAGACAUCGACGGUAUGAAUUCCUACACCAGCAAUAUGGGAUCAGUAGAUUGCAGCAUCACGGAGGAGGGUCUGGGUCCUCUGCGGGACUUCGAUGGGAAGGGCAGCACCAAAGUCAGCCGCACCUUCAGCUACCUCAAGAGCAAGAUGUCCAAGAGGAGCAGGGACAAGGAGAGUCGUCAUAAGGAGAAGGAGGCUCGGGAGCGUGAGAAGCAGCGGGCGUCUAGUGGCCACGUGUUCGGCCUGGUCGCCUCCCACCAGACCACCAUGUGUCCCCAGUGCCACAAGGCCGUCAGCGCCAAGGACGCCUUCGUCUGCAACAAUUGCUACGUGUGCGUCCACAAGGGCUGCCGGGAUUCGCUGCCGGUGUGUGCCAAGAAGCAGCACUAUGCCGUCCCAGACUCCUCCACGCUGCCCACUGUCACUCUACGGCCCAAAUCCUCGUCGUCUCGUGAGCGCCCAUGGUCGGCCAUUUUGUCUCCAGAGGAGCAUUCGUUGGCCACGGCGCCCAGAAGACACACUCUCAUGCCCAGCAACCUCUCCAAGAGCAUAUCCAUAUCCAACAUCGCAGGUCAUCAGAUGUUUGAUGACAUGCCGUCUCUAAAGAGCCUGCGGGUUCUGUCCCAGUCCACCGACUCCCUCAAUAAGCCCAGCAGGGCGCACGAGUCCACCGAGUCACUAGUGGACGAAGGAACAGAGAUGAUUGACAGCCAGCUGCUGGGUGAGUUUGAGGCAGACGCUCGGGAGCUGGAGGCGGACUCCUGGAGCUUCAGCGUGGACAAGAAGAUCCUCAAACACCUCAAGAAGGACACUAUCAAGAGACAAGACGUCAUCUACGAGCUGAUUCAGACGGAGUUGCAUCAUGUCCGUACGUUACGUAUCAUGGCGGAUGUGUACUAUAAGGGUCUGAUGAAGGAAGUGGGGCUAGAGUAUGCGGUGCUGGACCGCAUGUUUCCUGCGCUGGACGACCUGCAGGAUCUCCACAACCACUUCCUGUCGGCCAUGUUGGAACGCAAAAGGGAGGCCCAGAUGCGAGCGGCACAGCAGCACGGCCAGGGGCCCUUUGUUAUCGAGCGGAUCGGCGAUGUGCUCAUCGAACAGUUCUCCGGUCCCACUGCGGAGUGUAUGAAGAGGGUCUAUGGGAAGUUCUGCAGUCGCCACAACGAGGCAGUCAACCUCUACAAGGAGCACCACGCCAAAGACAAGAGAUUCCAGGCCUUCAUCAAGAGGAAGAUGAGCAGCAGCAUAGUGCGUAGGAUGGGUAUUCCGGAGUGCAUUCUGCUCGUCACCCAGAGGAUCACCAAAUACCCAGUACUGUUGCAGAGGAUCCUGCAGCACACCAGAGAUGACGAUGAGGAGUACGAGGAGGUGUCCCAGGCCUUGUCGCUGGUCAAGGAGGCGGUGGCGGCGGUGGACGUGCGCGUGAGCGAGCAGGAGAAGAGGAAGCGUCUGAAGGAGAUCCACGCGCGCACCGACAGCAAGUCCAUCAUGCGCAUGAAGAGCGGCCAGAUGUUCGCCCGGGAGGACUUGCUGCGACGACGCCUCGUACACGACGGAGCUCUGCAGCUCAAGACCAACACGGGCAGGCUGAAGGAUGUGCAGGCCGUGUUGCUGUCUGAUAUCCUCGUCUUUCUUCAGGAGAAGGAUCAGAAGUACGUCUUCGCCUCGCUGGACCAGCGGUCCACGGUGCUGUCGCUGCAGAAGCUGAUCGCGCGGGAGGUGGCCAACGAGGAGCGCGCCCUCUUCCUCAUCACCGCCGGCACCGAGCGGCCCGAGAUGGUGGAGGUGCACGCCAGCACCAAGGAGGACCGCAACGCCUGGAUGCAGCUCCUGCAGCAGACCAUGCAGUCCAUUGAGAAGGAUGAGGAUGAAGGGAUCCCCAGCGAGAAUGAGGAGGACAAGAGACUGAUGGAGAGCAAAGCCAAGGAACUCAGAGAGGUCCUCCAGAGGAAGGAUGAGCAGAUCGUGCUCCUCCUGCAGGAGAAGAUGAAGCUGUUCAGGGACAUGUGUGACUGUCCCCCUCCUCCCGCCUCCCCCUCCCCAGACGACCCCUCGGGUGCCUCCCUGGCCUACAAGAUGCUCUUCAGGGCCUGCAGUGAGGACGUGCCCAAAGGGGAACCCAUCAUGAUCAACGCACUCAAGGAGGUGGAGAUGCUGCAGACGUUGGUGAAUGGGAGUCUGGGGGGAGCGGUGGGGCAGCAGGCGUCCCAGGACGGGGCAGGGGGAGUGGGGCCCGUGGUCCUGCCACGCCGGGCGGAAACCUUUGGAGGAUUCGACAGCCACCUGAUGAACAUCAUCUCCAAGAGUGCAGACAAAGAAGACGGGGAGGAUGCCGCAGACUUGAGAAGAACAGAGUCCGACAGUGUAUUGAAGAAGGGAGGAAAUGCCAACCUUUUGCUGCUACUAAAGAGGAACAGUGAGCAGGUGCUGCAGAGCGUCACAAACCUGCACGAUCUAUUGGCAUCUCUACAGGCCGUGGUGGUACAGCAGGACACCUUCAUCGAGGACCAGCGGCAGGCCUUAUCGGAGCGGCCCUCCUCCGUCUCCUCCUCCUCCUCCAUCACCUCCUCCGCCUCCUCCUCCCGCGCCUCCUCCAGGCCCAACUCCCUCAUCGAGCAGGAGCGACAGCGCAGCCUGGAGAAGCAGAGACAGGAGGCCACCGCACUGCAGAGGCAGAGGGACGCGCACGCCGAGGAGCGCAAGCGUCGGGAGCGGCACUGGGAGACGCGGGAGCGGGACCUGGCCGAGCGGGAGGCGCAGACGGGGGCGCGCGAGGAGGAGCUGCGGAGGAAGAGGAGGGAGCUGGAGCAGGCCAAGCAGGAGCUCCAGCAGAGGAAGGAGGACUACCAACGAGACCUGGAGAGACUACGCGACGGCCAGAGGAGGCUGGAGAGGGAGAAGGAGGCGCUGGAGCAGGCCAGAGAGGAGAAGCAUCAUAUCCAGCGUACCCCCUCCAGUACGUCGGAAGACUCCCUCUUCCUGCACAGCGCCGGCGUGUUCCUGGAGCCGGACCCCUCCACCGGCGACAACGACACCUCCCGCAAACACUCACUCGGCCGCCUCGAACCACCCACCACCACCAAGGCUAAGGGCCUAAACCAGAUGCCAAGCCGCUUUCUUCAGCUCACUAAGGGCCACAAGGACAAGAAGGAGAAGAAGAAGAAGAAGAACAAACACCCACUGGCAGCGGAGUCUCAGCUGCUGCCCCUGACGGAGCCCGUCACGGAUGGAGAGAUCUACUUCUGCUGAUGGGGAGAUCGACUUCGGCUGAUGGGGAGAUCGACUUUGGAUGGUGUAGAGAUCUACUUCGGCUGAUGGGGAGAUCGACUUUGGAUGGUGUAGAGAUCUACUUCUGAUCAAGGCUGGGAUCUAGGUCUGCUGAUGCACCCUCAACUGCCCCAUGGGACUACCAUCAUGCCCCUGUCCUGCCCCUCUCAUCACCGUAAUAGUCCAGUUAUAGCCCCCUUCCACAGCCCUCAACUAGCCCUCAGCCCCCAACAUGAUGCCCCUUCCACAGCCCUCAACUAGCCCUCAACUAGCCCUCAGCCCCCAACAUGAUCCCCCUUCCACAGCCCUCAACUAGCCCUCAGCCCCCAACAUGAUGCCCCUUCCACAGCCCUCAACUAGCCCUCAGCUAGCCCUCAGCCCCCAACAUGAUGCCCCUUCCACAGCCCUCAACUAGCCCUCAGCCCCCAACAUGAUGCCCCUUCCACAGUCCUCAACUAGUCAUCAACUAGCCCUCAGCCCCCAACAUGAUGCCCCUUCCACAGCCCUCAACUAGCCCUCAACUAGCCCUCAGCCCCCAACAUGAUGCCCCUUCCACAGCCCUCAGCCCCCAACAUGAUGCCCCUUCCACAGCCCUCAACUAGCCCUCAGCCCCCAACAUGAUGCCCCUUCCACAGUCAUAAUUGCCCCUAAGCCGUGAGUCCCCAAUUACCAUGCCCCUUCCACAGUCAUAAUUGCCCCUCAACCAACCCUGUGCCCCCAACUAGCAGGCCCCUGCUGCCACCUGUGCCCCUGCUGUGAUUUGACACCCCACUCAACCCCUGGACACGUUUAUGCGUCAUGCUUGCUCCCAGCCCUGUCCAGACACAGUCAGUUACCCCAUCGCCAUGCCCUGGGCUACUAUAUUUUCCCCAGACAUGGCAUGACUUGGCACAGUCAUAUACACAAUACAAUCCUGCCAUGUGGCAAUGUCCUAUCCUCACGCUGAACCAGAGAGAGUAGAGAUAGAGAGAGAUUCCAUUGGUCCAUUGUUUCCGGUUCUACUAUUGCAAAGGGGAGGGGGGGGGUAUCCCCCUUUAGGCAGACCUAAGGACUGUUCUAUUCAUUGUAGGAGUAUUAUGACACGCCCCUUUAGGCAGACCGGGACCUGGUCAUGUUAGGUGCCCAUAGCAACCUAUUACAUUGGCAUAUCUCUAUAUCCGUAAAGAAUCUCUGGCUGAACUGUUCCUUCACCUCCCAUGAGAGCGUGCUAGCUUAGCAAUGAACUGUUUUGUUGCCCCCAACGGACAAGCCCUAACUCUACUCCACUCCAGAGCAUUCUCCUGCCCCAUGGACAUGUCCUGCUCCUGCUCCUGCCCUGAACCAUUCUGCCACCCGCAUGGACCUGUCCUCCCCCAAUAGGAUGACUUGUUUUGUUCUU